UAUCACUCGAGCAGUGCAUCACAUGUUCCCCCUCAGCUCAUCUACGAAAAGCAGACGAUUCAGGUGCGUAAAUUUGGACGCGAAGCAGGUGGUGUGAGUCAUUCUUCUGAAGAAGACAAAGCAGAAGUCGUUCCGGGACCAACAGAGAUGGACAUAGCGCUUCUGAAAGAACAGUAUCAUUGGAAUAAAAAAAAACAACAAUUACAGACCAACAUUCUUCUGUUUAAAAAAGGAAAUAAAGACGUAAAUGGACACUCCUUAGUCAACGUGGUGCCCAUAAAUCAGGAAGUAAGAAAUUCAAAAUCCUUUGAGAAGCAGAUGGCGUAUGAUUUUGUUGGUGACUUUGAAGACUAUAAAACCCCAUGGCACACUCACUUAAGCAUACAUCGCAUGGCAAACAACUCAAGCAGAACAUCUGAUACAAACACAGCGACAGCCACCAGAGAGCUAUCUAGUCAAACAGGAAAUUGCUUAUUAAAUAAAAGUGCUUCUUUAACAUGCCCUGAGCCUAUGGAAGAACGAUCUGCAGAUCCUUUGAAAUUAGAAAAAUCACAUGGGCCAAGCAUGCCUGGGAGCAGUGAAACAGGAGAGUAUACAAUCUCAACACAGAGGAAGUUCUCGGCCCCAGCAAUCAUGUCGAGACAACUGAGCCUGCCUGACAACAAAUUUUCAAGACCCUCUUCUCAGAUGAAGUACUACCCCUUUCCCCAAAAGAAAUGCCCAAAGAAAUCUGAAGCAGCAAGGAAACUUGGACUUUACGCUUCAUAUUAAUGACCGUUGAUAUUUUUGCCUACCGUAUUUGUGAAGGAACAAACUGAGCAACUGGUAGAUGGCUCCAAGAUUCGAGAUUCUUGUCAGUAAACUUUUAGUUUUGUGAGAAAAAUGUAGUUGUACUAUUGUAUGGUGCAAAGGUCAUAAGUAUUGGAACAAAGAGUUUCAUGAACACAUUAGAUCUGUGCAUUUCACCAUGUGAUGUAGACAUAUUGAGCACAGGGUGAAACUAAACAAUGUUAGAAACACUUAAUUUCUAAAGCUGAAAACAAAUUUGGAUGUUUUGUUCAGUGUGAAAUACUCUCAAUCAGUUCUUUAAAUGUUGUGUGAUAAGUAUAAUAUGUUAGGUUGGUUUAAAUUGUUAUUCAUUCUGUUGUGAAUGUAUCUCUUAGGUAUUUUAUUUUCAGGGGCAUACUAUUAUAUUUUUGUAUUCACAGUGAGCUCAGACUUGUUCAGAAUAUACCCAUGUGCCUAAAUAUGUUGAUAUGGUUAGCUAAUGUAUGUUAAUGUUACACAGUAUGCGAAAAGGAGCAUGUCAGGAAGUUUGGUUCAAGAGACAUAAGUGCAAACUACAGAGAAGUGAAUUUAAAAUUGAAAACUAGAGGUACAUUUUACCAAAAAAAAAAGAGUUGUGAGAGUCUGGAAUGCAUUACCCAGACACAUUUUUGAUGCCUGUAUCUUGAUUUUGUUUCCAGGUUAAAUGAACUCCUCCAAUCAAUUACUACUAGCAACCAAAAAAGUUAGCUGAACCGAAUAGUUUCCUCUGCUUUGUAAAAUUUCUUAUUUUCUUAAAAUGCUUCUGUACAUUUCUCAGGGUACACAAACUGAUCCAUUUCAUUAUAAUGUUGUGUAAAUUUGACCUUGGCUCUGCACAGUUAUAGCAUGACUGUGGUGGGGUUGGGUUGAGAAGAGAAGUGUUUUUAACUGUCUCAUACAGGUGUUGAAAUAAAAGAAAGUGUAAUCUCUUUAUGUA